ACUCACUCCGUUUACGGAUUAUGGAAGUGUUUGAAGUUUACACGGGCAAUCACUUGGUCAGUAGUCAAUGACUUAAUUCCACCGUCCUGAGAUUCAGCCUUUCAGGGGUUUUUUUUGGAACUCUUGAUCGCGUGGCGGCGACGCCGAAACUCUCUCUUUCUAUGCCUCUAAGAAGAUUCCGAAGGAUGGUUGGUCCAAUGGGUGGCACUGACGAGGUCAUAUAUCUCGUUGUAUUGUGCUUGGCAUGGUGUGUGACUGGGACACAGGCAGCAGCACAGAAGAAGGUUCAGUGUGUGUGCAGCCCACAGGACGGAUUUAACCGCUAUCGCAUCUCUCCACCGAUGGCGGAUGUAGUUGAUGAGGCAACGGAUUACUGCACCACUGCAUGGACCUGCAACACUACAGAGUGUGCCCACUAUGAUUACGAAGAACCAGAAAAGAAGGAUGCCAUGCGGUUUCUACCUCCUGUUGUGAAUGCGUCUUUUGCUGCUGUUGACGUGGAGAGCCAUGUGGACUCUGUUGUAGUGACUGUGGACUGCCCUCAGAAGGGUUUUGUUGCCAAGGAUCUUCCUUGUCCAUGUGAAAAGUCAUCUCCCUCUACCCCAUCAAUUCCCACCAAUCAGGAUCAUAAGGGAGACUCACAAGGGGCACCAGAGAGACCACUACAGAGUCCACCAGAUAAUGAAGAUGGUGACCCACUGAAGACCAUACUUCCCUGGGUCAUAUUUGUCGUUGUUACAUUGUUUGGCAGUGUGGCUGUUGUCCUCCUCAUAAAACGAUGCAAGAAAAUCCCAGAACCAAAUGGACAGCAACCGGAGCAGCAACUGCAGCAGCAGCAGGAAGCUUUCGUUUUAGUGCCAAUGAACAACCCAGAUGAGUCUGAAGUGAACAUACAACCCCCUGCUGAUAUAGACAUGCACAUAGACAUACAGCAGUCUUAACAACUUUUUUAAAGGAGCCCUAAAGAUUUGUUUUACCUUAAAGGUGCGAUUUGUAGGAUUGUUACCGAACGUUCUGUAGGCCAGAACGCUCUCAAGA